CCUGAUCGAUAGAUCUCAGCAUCAGGACAAUCGAGCAUCACAAAUACCGUCUCAAUUCCAGACUCGGGAAUAAUGACGGAUAAUGUCACUCGCCUACCCUCCUCUUUGUGGCGCGGGACUUCGACAGCCGGACUGGAUUUUCUCGCCGUAGAAGCACAGUAACUGCAGCUCCAUUCGACUGCUCAUUGGUUGUGUAAAUGUUCCGCCUCCUGAUUCACGGCAUCACCCAGUACCUCCUAUCAUGCUCUCAAGUAAUAAAGCCGAACACGCGAAGAGCACGGGCUCCCGAGGUCCGUUACCCACUAUGGAAUCCUGGCCUUCUUCUAGACGAUUGAUGAGGGAAAAAGUCUCGGGUGCCUGCUUCUGGCUAUAGCUACGACCGAGACCAUGGCAAGACAACCAACUAGGCUCGUGUCUUACGAGACCGCCUAGAGUUGGGCUCUCAUGAUUCGAGGCAGUAGUUCUCUAGUUCUUGGGUUAAAUGGUGUUCAGGGUGCAGCAGCAACUACCACCAGGGAUCCCUCGCCAACAACGGCCUGCCCUGGUCUCCACCAUUGCGUACCGUUCCGUAAUGGAGCGAGCUAAAGUAGCGAGCCGACAAAUGGAGAUAUCCUCGUCCUUGAACCCCUAGGAGCAGAGACCGCAGUGACGGAAUCACUGGCUCAGGAGAACUGGUUGGGCUGCGCUGGCGCCUUGUUCACCUGUUCGUGGUCGCCUUGAGCUUGGGGCGCUUAUCCGGUGCGCCGGAAACACUGGAGACAUUCCAAGAUGUUUGUCGGUAUAUGACUGACCACUUUGUUGCCACGAAACUUGCUCGCGAAUUGCUCACCCACCCCGACGAGCGGGUGUUUACCUUUCCGACAUGCAGACUGUUUCGGUUCCUUUCCACGUUUACUUUGCGAGCAUUGGAUUACAUUUCAACUACGGCAGUCAAACCAUAUCAGCGAUGCUGCUAGUAUCCGAGCAUGCACUUCAACGGCUCGCCGCUCCAAAUUCCUUCAAAAAUUCGAAACGAUCUUGAUUCAAAGCACCAUGGAAUGGACCCCUUCCUGAUUAGGGGACCUACAGGGUCCCCUGCCCAGCCGGGUGCUACAGAUGCGGUGCAACACGUUUGUCACAUUAUAUGCUACCCUACUGCUUCCAGAGGAACGUCAGUUGAUUGUUGGUCGGGGUGUGGUUGCUCAACAUGUGCUAGCAGAGGUCCUUCUGUUAUCGUGAGUUUUGGUUACGUGAGUGAUUGGAAGUAUCUGGGGAAACUUUGCACGGGCUUUGACCCAGAGUAAAGGAGAGAGGGGGGGUCGAAGCGCAUAUAUGUCCAGCUUGGGAGACCUACAUGCGUCCAAGCUUAUGCAUGGACCGGCUUGGGUCAGCCACGUUAUGUGGUUCUUCCAACUUUGUAUGGGAUGCUGGACAGCUUUAGAGGGGAGAAUUUCCGAAUUGAGAAUGACAAGCAGGAAGAACACCACCCCGGGAACAGGUCGGUAAAGACUUAUACGGUUGGCUUUUGCCAAAACCCCACGUCUUGGCCCUACACAAGGUGAUAGCUCGUGGGAUAUGGCUGUAUGGAAUAGGAAAAGAUCAGCACACCUUCUUGUGGUUGAUGGAUUGACAGGUGGAGGUGAAGAACGCCAGACUCUAUUAGGUACCUUAUCCAAGAUGGUGUAGAGAAAGUCAAACUCAUCACAUUAAAAGUUCCAGGCAUAAUAGCAAUCGAAAGCAAAGGCAACGUUCUAUCUGUAUCUUGGUGUGCAAAAUAUAAGCAAACACUGAUGGCAAUGAAUCCGCUUCAUCCCAACGUACCACCGAAACUUGCAGCACUCAGAUUUUCACCUAAGCUGACAACAGUUCUCGUUUCGACGUAUCCCGAGACUUUUGACAACCCUACCCUCAGGUGGGUAGUCAGCUUCUGUUUCUCAACAAAGAAGUUCUUGCCCGUAAUUGAUUUUCUCAUUUCCUUUCCAACCAGCUCAAAUCAAUUGUGACAAACGUCCAUGUUUUUACACCUUUCAUCUAGGAAAACCCAAACCUCAAAAGAACCACUACAAAGUGCCUUUUAUACAACUCACUAUUCUCACCCCCUUCUCCACAUUCCAUCCUCUUCAAAUAAGAAAGUUUUACAACAUUGGAGGGUAUUCAUUAUACCUGCUCAUGACACCACCUUACCUACCUGAUGGACAAUUCUCCAUCGACACCCACCUCACUUCACUUCACCCAUCUAAACAACAAUCCCUCAUUUAUACAACCCGUUCCAUCAUGGCACAUUAAAACCCACAUUCCCUUCUACUCCAUCAGUUGGUCCUGUUGCCACGCUGUAGUCUCGUUGAUACGGCAAGAAGUUAAGGUGGCGUAAGGGGAUAUGAUAUAGCGUUGACGCUGCUCUCUCAUCCAUGUGGGCAUCUCCCUCGGUAACCUUCAACCUAGUCAACCAACCAGAACUGACCUGAUUUUCCCUCAUAAGCCUAUCUUAUAGCAAUUAGAUUUGCUUACAGGCCCCGGUAUUCACCACAUACAACACCAAGAAAUACCCAUACAGCCUCACUUCAAAGGAAAACGCGCCGGAACCAAGAGUUGGGAUCAUUACAAUCAUCAUCGUUAUUUAUCUCACAGCACCCCAAACAAUUACUAUCGAAAAGUCCGGUUACGCCGUACAAGUACAGUCUAUAAACAGUUUUGGUAUCUCUUUUAAAGCUUCUCGAUAAUCGCAUCCGUGAACUGCUUGGUGGAAGCCUUGCCACCAAGAUCACCAGUAAGAGCCUUGCCCUCGGCAAGGGUGGCGAAAGCCGCCUUCUCGAUGCGGUCGGCGUACUCGUUCAGGCUCAUGUGUCUCAACAUCAUCAUGGAGCUGAGGAGGAGAGCGGUGGGGUUGGCAAGACCCUUGCCGGCAAUAUCAGGGGCGGAACCGUGGACAGCCUCGAAGAUGGAGCACUCGUCGCCAAUGUUGCCGGAGGGGGUCAACCCGAGACCGCCAAUGAGACCGGCGCACAUGUCGGAGAGAAUGUCACCGUACAGGUUGGGCAUGACGAGGACCUUGUCGUUGUAGGGGAUGGGGUCGGUAGUCAUCUUGAGGCAGGUGUUGUCGAGGAGCUCGGCGUCGAACUCGAUAUCGGGGAACUCCUUGGCGAUGUUGUGGGCGCACUGGAGGAAAAGACCGUCGGACAUCUUCAUGAUGGUGGCCUUGUGGACGACACGGACCUUCUUGCGGCCGAUGGAGCGGGCAUGCUGAAAGGCGAACCGGAGGACGCGCUCGCUGGCCUCGCGGGUGAUGAGCUUAAUGCUCUGGACGACACCAUCCACCACAACGUGCUCAAUGCCGGAGUACUCGCCCUCGGUGUUCUCGCGGAUCAGGACGGUGUCGACGUUAUCGUAGGGGGUCUUGUAUCCAGCAACCGAGCGGCAGGGACGAAGGUUGGCGAAGAGGUUGAAAGUGCGACGAAGGGUCAAGUUGAGAGAGACGUGGCCCUUGCCGAUGGGGGUCUGCAAGCCCACGUUAGAAUGCGCCAACUUAUACGAUAGAAGUGGGGGCGGGGCAUACAGCAAGAGGACCCUUGAGGGCAAUCUUGUUUCUCUUGAUGCUCUCGAUGGCAUCGUCGGGGAUAGCAGUCUUGCCAUCCUUGAGGAUGGGGUCGACGUUGAUGGGCUCCCAGGAAAUUGGCGUCUGUUCUUUUGUUUAGUCUUUUGUGCUUUGUAGAGGUGGUAUCGGAUGAACGGAAGCUGUCGCGAAACGUACCUUGGCGGCGGCGAAGAUGUCCUUGACGGCAACGGCAAUCUCGGGGCCAAUGCCAUCACCUUCGAUCAAACUGACUGUGUAGUUACCCUGGGAUAGUCAGCCAGGCGUUUUGUUUUGUCGGCGAGGUGUCAAGGCUUGAUUUUUGUUUGAGUGAUUUUCAAGCCCCUCUUUGCGGCAAGCUGUCGCAUGCGCCCCUUUGAGACCAACACAUACCUUCGCAUCCUUCUUUCCCUCGUACUUGGCGACCUUCUCGGAGUAUAGUCUUUGGUUCUGUUUGAGGGACCGGUAUUAGCUGUGUGAUUGUGACAGUGAGCUGAGUACAAGUUGGGAUUCUUUGUCGCACCUGCAGCGAAAGAGUGACGGCCGCGCGGGGAGCUGCGCGGAAGGCCUGGCGCUGCGCAGGAACAGCAAUGGCACGGAGGGCGAACAUGGUGACGGUCUGAUAUGGAUUCGAGGUUGGGUAAAUGCCCGUCUCAAACAAGCAACAGGGCAACAAAUGGAAAGAAAGAGCGGCAGACCAAGAGGAAAAUCGUCAAAGUUUAGGGAAGCAAGAAUGGCAGAGAGUUUUAGGUGCCAGGUUCCUAGAAGAGCAGGAGGAUAAAAACCGACCUCAAUGCAACCAACUGAAUCCACCAGCUGAUGCAGGUUUUGGCAGCGACGCAACGGGCAGCGGCUGAUGGCCUGUGCUUUGCAGGGACAGGGCCAGUGAUAAUGAGACCGAGCUGACGGAGCUUCGCUGCUGAAUCUGUUCAAUUACGUAGACGAUAGCGAUAAUUACUCACUCACCGCCCGAGGUCGCCUUCCAUAUCUUCCAUAUGGCCGGCAGAAUCGACGCUUUUCUUCGGCCCUACACAGGCGGUGAAUACUUACUCUUCUUCACCCGAUAACGCCGCCGGACCUUUUCGUUUCCGAUGCUCGACCUCCACACGGCACGCGGGAUGCCAAGCUCCAAGCUCCAAUCCCUGCCACCCCGCCGAGACCCCUGUACGACGCCAACCGCACCGACUGCAUUGACAGCCGCGGACGCAUCACCAGAAACAGACGACAUCAACACAAUGGAGCACCCCCACGAUGAAUGACUGACGAAUUACAUGUCCCGUUUAUCAACGAGAGAUUCUAGUAUAAUCCCAGUCUCCGAUAGAGCAGAAGUCAUCGCGACAUCGGCGCCAUGGCUGACAUCGAGCGAGAGCGGGCCGUUCUCGACUUCUACCAAAUAUCAUCGCUGAAACCUGAAACGCUGGUCCAGUGGCCAACAGAGAAAGACCGCGACAGCGACGCCUCCGAAGAUGAGAGUGUCAAGAAAAAGGCGAACAGGAGGAAGUCGAGAUACCAGGCAUUGGAGAGGGCUGUGAGCACCAGGAGUAGCUUCGUCCCUGGUUCUGAGACUUCAGGGAGUGGUGUUGCGAAUUUGGUGCAGCGAGACGAACCAGACCCCCUAGGGUCAACCGACAGUGUUGUUCGGACAUUGAAACAGCAGGGGGUUCCUCUUCAAGAUGACUUGAAGCUUCGCAACCGAUUCCUCCUCUCCUCGACGACCUUUUCCCCAGCGCUCUUCCUAUCCCAAAUGCACGCCACAGCCGAUACCCAAUCCCUCCUCAGCGGUCUAGACAUACUGUCUCGAUCGAUCGACCAAAAAUCCGCCUCCCUGAAAGUGCUCGUCGAAUCCAACUUUGAGCGCUUCGUCCGCGCCAAAGCCACCAUCGACAAUGUCUACAAAGAAAUGAAAUACCGCGGGGUUGAUCCCACGCCGCCUCGGGCCAGGGCGCACUCUCGACAUGCCAGCAGGAAUAGUUUUCGGAGUGGCAGCGGUGCGCCCAUGACGAGCCCCCUGAACCCUGUGACGGACCCUAGAAAGAAGAACGCUUUGGCGAAAGAAAGCGAGUACGGUAUUUUGGGUAUCAAAGCGCCAUUGCUUGAUGUAUCGGCCAAGGCAGAGGAGGUUUGGGGGCCAGCUCUCGGUGGCCGGGAGAAGGAAGAACAUUUGAAAACUGUGGCCUCGUCGCUGGAUAGCUACAAGGAGUAUGUUGAGAUCAGUGCAGCUAUCGCUGACAGCAUCAAGCGCAAUGAUCAUGAAUCAUUGGUGGAGGAAUACACAAAAGCGAGAAGAUUUGCCGAACAAGCAAAGCAGCUCGCGCAGGAACUCGAGGGGUCGCAGCCAGAUGAGGAUCAGGUGUAUCGUAUCGUACUGGCAGCGCGCAUGUGGCAUGACGUGGAGGAACAAAUCAGCAACCUCAAACGUGAUAUCUGGAGGAGCUUGGUAUCUCCAUACAACAUGGCAAAGCCAGACUCUGGGAAGUCGGGUGACCAGCAUAUGGAACUGAUCACCCUCCUCCUGGAGCUCGGUGUGGAAGACAAUCCCAUCUGGGUGUGGCUGCUCAGUCGUUACGACUACUUGAAGAGCAAGAUUCAGUCGACGACGGAGCGGUCCAAGGUCGAGAUUGAGAUCCUGAGACGCCGUCUUGCCAAUUCUGAGAAGCCGAGCCCUCAGACGAUUGCUUCUCAUAUGCGAACUCUUGGACGUCAAUCCCUCGAAUCAAAGACUAAAACCUUUGACUCCCCUGACAUUGCCGAGUUGUGGGAGCUCAACGUGGCUUAUAUGAGCAACUUGCUCUCCUCUCAAGGGAUUUUGGGAGAGGUUCUCGAGUUUUGGCAGACGGUUCAGGGGUUUAUUGAGGGGAAGACGCAGAGGAGCUUGCCGGUUGGGUAUAGAGGCGAGUCGAAGGAGCAUCAUCGGUUGUCUCAACAGGGCACGGUUGAUCUCCAGAAGGGCGCUGUGGAACUGGUCAGUUUGAUUCGGGAGAGUGUGUUGAUGUUUUUUGCUGGGCCUCCGCCAGAGGAUAUCUCGUUGCUGUUCUCGCCUAUGCCGCAGACGCCGAGCACGCCGGGGUAUGGUGGCAAUUUGACACCGCGAGACCCGAGGUUCAAUCUUGAUCCGAAUAAUAUCCCGCCACCGUCGCCGAGGAGAGGGGAGGCUUGGGAGAAGUUUGCGUUUUGGCCGCCAUGGUCUAAUUCGCUGAGUGGUGUUCACUACCUCGCUCGGAUGUUGGUUCUUGUUGGUGCGGCGGCGUGCGAUAUGGCUUCUAUUGAACCGGUCGGGCAGGGAGAUGCAGCCGAAGUCGAGCGGGUUAAGACCCUGGUUGGCGUGGCAAGGGAACGAUGCGUGACUGCGUUGUGCGCGGCGUGGAACAGGGACGCCGAAAACAUCAAGUACGUGGAGGACUGGAACAGGUCCCCGGACAGAAAAGAGGUGACCAAGAUGCCUGCCAGUUUCAAGGCGUUUGAGGGGGCGUUGUUGGCCGGUAUGCAGAACAUUCUCUACAUCUCGGAAGCUAUGGACAAACCGGGUGCUGGGGAGAUUGUUCUGCCUCCGCCGCCGAAGCUGUUACAGAUGGUUAGAAGCCAGUAUGUGACGACGCUGUACAAGGCGCUGAGCGGGAUGGUGGAGAAUGCGGAAAGGCCGGUGAAGAAGGCGGAUGAUGAGUGGACGGUGGAUGUGGAUGGGUAUGUUCUCGUUAGCAGUGCUGCUGCGCCUAGGGCAUCGACGGCGGUGGGAGGGAGUACGAUUGAUGCUGGUGAUCGGAACGUCCGCAUGCUAUUAACCCUCUCCAACCUCUCGGCCCUCCGCACCGAAAUCGUCCCCGACCUCAACACCCAGUUUGAAAACGCGUUUAGCGUCAAACUCACCGAUGAGACAAAAACCAUCCGUGACGUCCUCAGUCAAAUCGAUGCUCGGCUCUUCCAAUCCUACACCCGCCCCGCCAUUGAGACACUGAAACGCAUUAUCCGCGCCGGAGUGUCGGAUCCAAACUGGGCGCCCUCCUCCCCGUCCCGGCCAAAAGAAGUCCGUCCUUAUGUCUACGAGGCGCUCCUGUCUCUCGUCCUCGUCCACACUCAGGUAUCGACCACAGCCGCGACAUUGACCUCCCAGGUCCUGUCUUAUCUGCUCGAACAAGUCUCGAAGGAACUGCUGGAAGCUUUCAAGUCGAGGCAGCGGUAUAACCUUGAAGCACUGAUGCAAGCAACAUUGGAUGUUGAGUUUGUGGCGCAGACCCUGAGCCAUUACACUACUGACCGGGCAAGCGAGCUCCAGAGCCAGAUUUAUCAGGAGUUGGAUGGGAGGACAGAUAAUGAGGCUAGAGCGAGGUUGCAGGGGGAGUUGCCGGAGAUGAGGGCAGUUUUGAAGAGGUUGAGGGAGGCGAGUAAGAGCGAGUUUGCUUGUUUUAGGAAGCCUAAGAGGCCGGUAGGAAAUGGGUUGGAGAGGAGGGAGACCGGGGGGAGUGUGGGGAGUUUGUGAGGAACGUUUUAUGGAUAUUGAACUUUUAAGGAUCAUUUCAGCAGAGCAGGUUAGGCAUGUUAGUGGGGAUUUUCAGGGGGGGUUAUGUUGGAAGAGAGAAGGAAAGUAGGCUAUGGGAGUUAGUUUGGUGGUUAGAUGUUUUGAUAAGUCAGAGUGGUUUUGAAGAAGAAUGUCUUCUGUGUGAUCUUGGGCGUUGUUUGUAAGUUGGGAUAUUGGAACGAGAAGCUAGGAAUGAUACGCAAGAGAACCUGAGAUAAUAGACAAGCAAAGCCGGGACAAAGUUGGGAUCGUAUGCAGGAAAACCUCAGGUUAUGCUUGGAUAAAUUUUCCAUGUGUUUGGACUGUAAGGACAGACAGGCAAGUUCAGAUGUAUCAAGUAAGAGAGAGAGAAACCCUUUCGAAAACGCCC